CAAAACGGAAAUAGAAAAACAAACGGCGAAAUUCUCGGUCACUCAUGAGAUGUUUGCAUACACGUUUAGCGUUUUUUCCAGCCUUUAAAGAGCAGUGCUGCUGGUGACACAGAAGCCCGAAGAAAACGACAUGAAUUUAACGGGUCGCUCGUGAGUCGUUCGCGGUGAGGUCGUUUAAUCGUCUGGCGGCAAACGCGUCGGUUUGUGAUUGCAUGUCCUACGUGUGGAAAUGGAUGUGUGGAUCGAUGGCUGUUUUGUGAUUAUGAGCGCGCUGCUGUUUGUCGCGCGAGCCGAAGAUGCUGCGCGUGCUGGACAAUCAGACAUGAUCAAUGCAGCCCUGUCCGACGAUCAUCUGGACAAGAUCAAAGAUUUGGAGAAACUAGAGCGCAAAAAAGAGAUCAGGCGAAGUAUCAGCUCUUCACAGCGUCACACAGAGGACUCCAUCUCAGGCCACGCCUCUUACACCUUAUUUGGUCGGUGGGCGGGCCAGAGAACCACCAGACACACCUCUCAUCUGAGCGCAACAAAGCCUUCAGCGUUUGGAGUCUCAUUCCACAAAUGUGCUCAGGUGGACGCAGACGGUGCGUUUCCGCAGGUGCUCGUGUGGCUGGUGGUCAGUAACCCACAGGAGGGUCGUGAUCUGUCGCAGCUCUGUAUCCGUGACUCGGUGUCUGACGUCACACUGCUGCAGACCAACGGGAGCGUCCAGGAGAGAGGAUUCCAGACCUUCAGCACCGACUCACUGCGCGCUGGAUCUCAGUAUGUGGUUUUGUACAGAAUGAGUGUGAAAGGAAACGGAAACCAGAUUCUCACUCUCCCAGCGUUUCUGACCUUCUCCAACGCCACUCAGAAUGACAUUCAUCUAUUUGGUCCAGUGAUCGCCAAUUUCACUGUGAGGAUAAACGCAACUGAACAGCAGGCUGAUGUGGACCGCUCUCUUCUCCUCAUUGGUUUUAUGCUCUCGUUUCUCCUGACGCUCCUGUUGGCAUCUCUCAGUGUUGUCAGUGUGAACUUCCUGUGGCGCAGACGACUGCGCAGCUGCACUCGACACAUGAGAAGCAGCAUCAAUGAGGAGGCGGGGCCAUAUGAGUGUGACAUCACUGCGUCAGCCAAUGAGGAGGCAGCAUUUGAGGAUAAGUUUGUGGAUAUUGUGAUGUUGGAGGAUCCACAAAACAUGAUUCAAGCGCUUGACAGUCUGCACGUGUCGUCUCUAGCGCGCGCCGCGGUGUGGGUGGAGCGCGUGCGGGUGCAGAUGUUUAAGGGGCUGCUGUCUGUGCUGCUGGCGGGCGUUCGGGCGGCGGGGCGUGUGAGCGAUCAGGGCGAGAGGCGCGUUCUCGGAGUCGUUCACGGGCAGAUCGUGGGCAUGGAAGGAAAAGUCCAGGAGGAGCACGUGGCGCGGAUGGCGGCGCUCGCCGCUCAGUGUAACCUGGAGACGCAGGAGGAGAUGGAAACGCAGCAGCGCAAACAGAUGAGCGAAACGUCACACGCAGAACGACUGUUCCAACGUGUGCCGCGGACGCAGGACGUGCUGGAGGUUCGUUCUCUACUGGAGAAGCUUCAUAAAGAAGAGAUGAAGCGUCUGCAGAAGCGGCUCCUGGUCAGGCACGAGCACGCGUCGGCGCAGGCACAGAGGCAGCAGGCGCUACGACGGCGCUUUGAGCUGCACAAGAUCUUCGGUGAGGAGCUGGAGGAGGCCGCCCGAAUGGGAGAGCUGGAGAAAUCCACCGCCGACAGACUCCUGCUGCAGUACUACAGCUGUCAGGACGCUCUGGAGGAGGUGCUCGAUGUGCUUCUGGCCAAUCAGAGAGCGCUGCUGGCCGGGCGACACGCGCAGCGCCGCUUCCUGCUGCAGAGUUUCCAGAGUCUUCAGGCCGUGGCGAGUGACGCGUUCAGCAGCAGCGCGCGACACAUCAGAGACGUGCAAACACACGGGGAGCGUGGUUUCUCCCCGCAGUGUUCUGAUGUUCAGUUGGAGAUUCUGCGCGUCAAACAGAAUUUUGAAGAAAGCGUGAGUCGUGAGCGCAGCGCUAUCCGCUGUGACAUCAUCAAGAGGAGACGACAGCUGCUGUCAGAGAAGGUGUUUGAACACUGGCGUGAGCUGCAGGCCGCGAGCGCUUCCUCUGACGUCACGGUGAAUCAAUACCUGCAGAAAUGGACAGAAAUACUGACGUACCAGAACAAUGAACUGUCAGAACUCAUCAGUCACCUGGACGAGGAGACUGCAGGCAGGACACGCAAGAUGAGUCUGUGUCUGCUGCAGAGUUCGCUGGCGGAGCUGAAGGCGCACGCGGCCGCGUCGUGUCCAGAAGCCGCCGCGCACUUGCUGCCGCAGACGGAGGCCGUCCAGGAGUGUCUGCAGCGUCUGGGUAAAGCGGCGGCUCACGAGCUGCGAUCGGCUCAGAGCUUCAUCCAGCGGCAGCAGCAGCAGGAGCUGGAGGAGCAGAGGAGCAUCAGAGACGCCUUCAGAGAAUACUGCAGCUGCGUGUGUGCGUGUCAGCGCUCUCUCUCGCGUGAGCAGCGUUUGCAUCUGCAGCUGGAGUGUGUGAAGGCCGCGUGUCGUCUGGAUCGCUGUCUCGUGCUUCCACACGUCAUCUGUGAGCUCAAACGGCACGGAGCAGACCCCGCCGACCCCGCCGUGACCCCUGCAGGUGCAGAGACGGAGAGGUCAGAGGUCACAGAGCUGCAGCGUUUCCAGAGGCGCCUGCAGGAGAGACUGCAGCACAGCGACACGCAGAACGACACACCGCAGCCGGCGUGGCACGAGGCGCGUGUGUUUCAGGAGCAGCAGCUUCGUGUGUGUCAGGAGCGCGUGGCCGUGUUUGUGGCGUCGCUGCAGUGGGAACAUGCAGAGAAGAAAACAAAAGUGAUGGAGACGCACACAGCGCUGCUCAAACUACAAACACUCAUCACACCAGAGAUACACGACACUGACAUCACGCACACCGUCAACACACAGCGCCUGUGUCGUGAAAUGAUGUCCGUCUCUGUCGAGGCUCUUGAGGAGGCAGAGCUCCGGCUUCAACGGGAGGAGCUGAAGUGGAAGGAGUCAGUGAAUGGGCGGGGCCGUUCGAGCACAGAUGAUGAUGAUGAUAAAGAGGAGGGUUUGUUUAUGGUGGACAGUGACGGUGGAGUCGCUGCUGUCCUGCAGGAGACGCUCUUCAGGAGACAGCUUUUGAUUGACAGAGUGCUGUGCAGGAAUCAGACACUACAGCAUCACAAAGAUCGACUCCAGCUGAAGAGACUGCAGACGUACUGUGAGCAGGAUCUGGAGUUUACAGCAGUGUUGGUCAAACAGUCUCUGAUGUCUGUUCCUGAUCUUCACAAAGUCCUGCGGCUCCUGCUUCCUACAGUACCUGAGGGAGAACUGCUGUCACUUGUAGACGCACUAGGACCCGGAGCAGGGGAAUCAGGAAGCUGCUCAACUCUGGCAGACAGACUGAGACAUGACAUACUGAGUAGAAAUCUGUCUCGCGCUCCUCAGCACAGAGACAGAGAGAGAGACAGGUUCCUCACAAAGCGUCAGAAGCUCCUCGACAAGCUGUUGUCCGGUGCCGGAGGUUCUGGAGACACCGGUGAGACUCAGCGGAGACGCCGACGUAUACGGGAACUUCCUGCGCCAGAACCUUCUGUGAAGCAGACGGAGGAGGAGGAGGCGGGGCACGUGACGAGGGCCGGUGAGGGGGCGUGGCCUGAUGAUGUGGUUGUUGGUGAAGGGGCGUGGCCUGAAGGAAGUUUCCUCUCUACUAGGGAUGGUAGUGAAGGGGUGUGUCCUGGGGGCGUGGCUGCGGUUGAGGAGGCGUGGCCUGUGGCUCAGGACAGUCUCGACUCUGCGGAGCGGCUGUUUGCUUUCCGCUGCCUUCCUCCCGCAGUCCUGCAGCACACGCGAACGUCUUGUUCGCGCAAGAAAAAACGCAACUUCCUGAACUUCAAGAAGAGCAGCGUGGCUCCUCAGCCAAACGCGUGACGGCUCCACAGCGUUCUGAUGUUUCUGUUUGCUGAGAGCUGAUUGGUUGCUUCCUGUUGCGGGUAUUCAGCCGUCCAAUGACAUCAUUCAGAUGCGUUUUUCAUCUCGAAUCCUGAUUUCCUUCACAAUUGGGUCAGAAGAUCGACUGAUGUAAACGUAAAAACAAAAAGACCUUUGACCUGCAGCUUCAUAAUUAUACUCCUUUUUACUGAUCAACCUUUUUUUUUUUUUAAUUAACCGAUAGAUUGAUUACUUAAAAAAGGGCCAUGAAAUGACUGAAAAAUUUUAUUGCUGACACUCGCCAUUUGACUGCGUUUAACGUGAACUCGAAUCGUUCAUUGAAAUAUAAUCUGAUCACACAGACGUCUGUGUGAAAAACCAGCCAAAUCUUUCGUCAGUGAAGCUCAGAUCUGCUGCCCGUCAUCGUCAUCAUCGUGUUGUUGUUGUUGUUGUUUUGUUUAUUUGCAGCUGUCGUGAGCUGAACGGCUGGACUGUCAGAAACCAAACGUUGCUGCUUCAUCCUAACAGACAGACGGACGGAGAGAGAUUGACGCUGCUAUAUGUGUUCACACGUACAUAACAGAACAAAAGCAUUAGUUACAAAUUGAUUAAUAGUUCAAAUCAGAGACGUGAAGGGACCGUCUGACGUACUUUUCUCUGUUGAAGGAGAUGAAAUCUUCUGUCAGUGAGUCUAAACUGCUCUGCAUGUGCGUCGGCUGAGAGACAGACAGAUUUCACACAUCAUCCACCGAUGACAAUAAUUCAGCAUUAAUAACACAUCCUAUGUUUUCCAGUAAAUCUAGCGGAUCGUCUGAUGAUUUCCUUUCUGUUACAUGGAUGGGGACUGAAGCCUUCAAGCUUCAAGAAGGACACAAAUCACCAUUAAAAAGCUCCACGUCUAAUGAUGAUCUGUGUGAGAAACAGCCUGAUUGAAAUCAUUAUUCACUGACGAUCUUUCUCUCAUCUGUGAGCGGCUCCUUAUGAGUAACUCAACAUUGUUAUAGACGGUCUGAAUCUGCCCUUCCACAAAUUGAAUCAGAGCAGAAAGUCUCAAAUUCUCAAAUGACACUACAUGUUGCAUGCGCUGCAAAAAAUGAUCUUCCUCUGUAUUUUCUUUUUUUGUUUUCCGGUGCAGACGCCAAAAGAUUCUUCAAUCGCACACAAAAACUGAUGUUUUUCGUCCUCAGAACAAAUACCUGUCAAGGAGUGAAUUCUUGUUUUCCCUUUGUAGAAGUUGAUUUUUCUGAUAUUCUUGUUUUAAUCAGAAACUACUUUCACUUUAUUUCAUUUCUCAGAAAACAAGACUUCUUAAGUCAUCUCCAGUAAAUGUAUCUUGAUUGCGGAGUCUUUAGAUAUUUGCACUGGAAAACUAGAGACUGAGGAAGAACAUCAGAGAUCAGUAAAGUAAAUGAUAUUUCCAAAUUCAAAUAGUGACUGUAACCAGAUAUAUUUGACCUAUAAGCUUCUUUUUUUUUUGGAAAAUAUUUUAAAAUCUAAUGGAGAAUGGUUAGACGUUUUGCUAACCUCACUCACUGCAUUUCUCAAUUGUCUUUACUUGGUCUGAAAAAGGUCUUUAAAAAGUCUUCAGUGUAAAACCUGCAGAAACGCUGAAGCAGCUCUAGAGACGAUGGUGUGGUGUAUACUGUAAUUUAAAUGACUGAAUCUUGAAAUUAAAGAUUUUUUUCCUGUU